UGCAGCGAUACUAUGAAAUGAAAUCGAAUUGGGAUAUUUUGACACAUUGACACUGUUGUUGACAGUUCGGCGCGAUAUUCUGACAUUGAAUACUCCGCUAUGUUGUGCCAGUAUAUACACUGACAUUUGAACAAUGCAAACGGUAACUUUGAAUUGAACAGCGUAAUAAACUUGUAGUUUUAGAUAUAUAUUUUUUCUGACUGAGCAAGGAAUUUAAUUCUAAAAUGCAGUCAAGUUUAAUGCGAUUGCAUAACUCCAAAGGAGUUCGUUAUAAUAUCGAAUUGCUAACAUGGAGCCAUAAAAUGGAUUUAAUUGCCAUGAGCAAUGACAAAGGCGAAGUUAUUGUACAGCGAUUGAAUUUACAAGUGCUUUGGACACAACCGGCACCGUUUGAAGAUGCUAAAGUGUGUGGAAUUGGCUGGCGACCCGAUGAACGUAUAUUGGCUAUUGGUUACAACAGUGGAAAAGUGAUUUUGGUCGAUGUGGAAAAUCAUCAAACUCUUCAUACGCUUGAAUUAAAAAGCGAAAUUGUUUCGCUCAAUUGGACGCAAAAUACCAAAGAGUCAUACGACGAUUUUGAUGAUUUGCAAGGCAAUACGAAAUUGUUUGCCAAUGGUCACAAAGUGUAUUUGCCUCCAUUGCCGAAUUUUAAUUCGCUAACAUCGAACACACGGAAGCAUGAUUACAAUUCUCACACUCCGUACGCCACUCGUGUUUUCAAUAUGUUGAUGAUCGCAUUGAAAUCGGGUGUGGUGCGAAUGUUUGUCUUUGGAAUGUUGCCGUGUGGCCAGAUCAAUGUGAAAUCCUCACUGGGAGUUAAGGGCAACGAAGAUUUUCAACUAUUCGACAUGAAAAUGAGCAGCGAUUUUAAUACGGUCUUUGUUUUGGUUCGACACAAACGGAAACUUCGACACUUGGCCUUUCAGAAUACAAUUUACUCAGAGUCAACUGUUUCAUUGUUGAAAUUAGCCACUCAGUAUGGGUACAUUGUAAACACAUUGGCUUAUAUUGAAGAGAUUGUUCAGUGUAUAAUCGAAGCCUGGGAAACAGCACUUUUGGAAAUGGACCGAAAACUAACAAAUUACGUAAAUUCUCGGCCGGACGGUGUUGUCUCGGCGGAUUUUCUUGAGCUACUCAUAUUUGGAUACGCUCCAGAUCCAUUAGUUAAGUUCUUAACACGAGAUCUCACUGAUAAAGGAAUGAAAAAACUCGGCAAUUCCAUCGAAAUCACCUACUCAACCAUUCAACAAUUGGUCAUUCGGCCACUGCACACCGCAAUUUUGAAUCUUUCGUAUCAUUUGAACUAUUUGAAAGGAAUGUCCAAGAAUACGUAUUAUUAUAAGGAUCUACUAGGCACCAUAACGAGCGAUGCAAGUUUGAAUGCUGGAGCCUUCCUCAUCAAGUCACUGGAGCUACAGCAGGUAAUUGAGCAGUCGAAUCGUGAUUUCAAAAUAUUCUGGGGUUGGCUGUACGGUGUGAUUGUUCGUCUAAUGGAUGAAUCGGUGCCGGAAGAUAUUGCCGCCGUUUCUCAACAAGAUACAAUUUACUUGGCCGAAUUUCUCAACACGUUCGAUGAAUAUUGUGAAAUUGAUAACGACGAUCGCAAGAAACGUAAAUUCAAUCUCGAGCGAGUUGGUCAAUAUCUGCAGAAUCAAAACCUCCAAAAAUUGUCUCGAAUCAGUGUUUCAUCCGAUUGGAAUAAGUUACUUGAGCAAAAUGAAUGUUUGAAAAAUUCCAAUUUCAUUUAUCCGCAUCACAAGGAAUUGUCUUUGGUUCAGGAGCACAACAAUUUGAAAGAGAGCAUUCGCAAGCUGUUCGAGAAGCCAGACACGUUGAUCAGUUUGAAAUUACAAUUGGUUUACACGGUGGAUAUAUGUGAGGUGACGAAUCGAACGACAUUCAACUGGCAUCAAUUCGAUUUGGAUGAAAAGGGCUCGACACUAUUCUCUUUCACCAUCAACAGCAAUCAGAUGUAUCUCAAAGAAUUUUCACCACGAUCUGAGUGUGUGAAAUUUGCAAAGUUUGAAUUUACCGAAGAAGAAGAAGAAACCGAAGGUGUUGAUACAUCGAACGAGAAUACUACGGAGCUCAGCCAAAAGUUCCCUCGAAUGAAAAUGCUUCAUACGCAAUUCUACAACGAUAAAGCCAUUUCAAUGUUGUUUGCAUACAAAAAGAAUAAGCCCACAGCGAAUUGUUUCGUCCAAUUCCCAAUUCAACCGUUGCUAUCACGAUUGACUAGUGCACGGAUUCAACGACGCAUUGCUAUUGAUCCGGCACUGGCUGCCGUAAAUCUACGCGAUCUAUUGGAUAUCGAUUUGGUGCGACCGCUUGAUAUCAGCGAUGGAAACAGCUUGGCCGUUUCGGGUGGACGCAAAAUUGCUACCAUCAUUUCGGCAUCACGGAAGAAGUUUUAUCACUUCGAAAUGGAGGUGGACGAAGGUGAUUACGAUGACGAAGAUAACGAAGGCAGCGAUAAUGAAAACGGCGAAAAUGAAAACGAUGGCAUGGGACUGAACAACACAAUCGAGUGAUAAACUAUUUAAAUGAUGAAAGAAAUUUUCUCAAAAGUCGAUGUAGACGUGAUGAAUAAAUUCAAUGGUUCUGAACGAAAA